CAUUGUUUCCGUUGGAAGCUCUUUCAAAACUCACCUUCGAAAUCUCCGUCCCAUUCUCUCUCGAUCGAUCGGCAAUGGCUGCAUCCAACUCCAUUUUCACCGCUGCCCCGUCGCGAAACCUUGCACGUAUCUCUCUUCACCAGUCAGUAUCGCAACCGUUGAGUCUUCCGGUCACCAGAUCGAGCUCCGUCGCGUUUCGUCCCAAACCCAGAUCCCGCUCGCUCGUCUUUUGCUCCACUGAUGAAUCGAAUAGCACCUCAGAGAAAGAGAUCCCAAUAGAACUCAGGUACGAGGCUUUUCCGACGGUGAUGGACAUCAAUAAGAUACGAGAGAUUUUGCCUCACAGAUUCCCGUUUCUGUUAGUGGAUAGAGUGAUAGAGUACACAGCUGGUGUAUCUGCGGUAGCUAUUAAAAACGUUACCAUCAAUGACAAUUUCUUUCCUGGGCAUUUUCCUGAGAGGCCGAUUAUGCCUGGAGUCCUCAUGGUUGAGGCCAUGGCUCAGGUGGGAGGUAUAGUGAUGCUACAACCAGAAGUAGGCGGGUCUAAAAGCAACUUCUUCUUUGCUGGAAUCGACAAAGUCAGAUUCCGGAAGCCUGUGAUUGCAGGUGAUACUCUGGUGAUGAGGAUGACGCUUGUGAAGCUGCAGAAGCGGUUUGGGAUAGCCAAAAUGGAAGGGAAAGCAUACGUAGGGAACACUGUGGUAUGCGAAGGAGAGUUCUUGAUGGCUAUGGGAAAGGAAGAGUGAUCAUGCCCUUGCUUUUUUUUUUUCUUACCUUUGUGUCUUCGAAUUAUCAAAAUUUGAGUUGAGCCUCAUUUCUAUCUCCAAUUUCUGUUGUUUCUUCUCCUCAACGUUUACCAUUAGUCAUCAAAAUAUUAUUACCUA